AUGGCUCAAGAUACGAAGAAAACAAGAGUGGCAGUCCUAGGACUUGGAUUGACUGGAGUCACGACUGUGAAGAACCUCGUUGAGAUUGGACUCGAUGCUGUCGGUUUUGACAAGAACGGGUACAUCGGAGGGCUUUGGCAAUGGACGAAGAACCCGAACCAGACAUCUAUCUUAAAGAGCAUGUCUAUUCAUAGCUGCUUUCAAGACUUCCCCUUUCCAGAUGAUGUAGCAGACUAUCCUCCAGGGGAGGAUGUGCUGAAGUACAUUCAGGCAUACGCCAGCCAUUACAGUCUACACGACCACUUUCGACUAGGCUGGGGAAUUGAGCGUGUCGAGCGAACACUAGAUGAUGGCUCGUGGCUGAUCAAGUCAAUUAGCACGAGCGGCGUGCGCAAGGAUGAGGUGUUUGAUAAAGUCAUAGUCACCACAGGCCCAUAUGCGAAAGCAUUCCUUCCCAAAAUCGAUGGUCAGGACCAUUUCAAGGGCAAGAUAUUGCACUCGCAAGCCUUCAAGGACCCAGCCGACUUCGCUGGCCAGCGAGUCAUCGUCGCUGGUCUUGCUCAAACAGGAGGCGACGUUGCUGUAGACCUUGUUGGUGUUGCGUCCCAGGUAUACAUGUCACAUAGAUCUGGCGCCCGUGUCAUACGUAGAGGAUCUCCGAAGCCAACAGAUCACCGUAUCAGUCGACGAGUGGCUGGUAUCGCGCAGACUCUCAAUGCAAAAUUACCAGGUCUCAUGUUUGGUUUGGGUGCAUUCAUGACGGAGAAAGGCAUGAUCAGAAUGCACCCCGAGUAUCAAAAAUCAUGGAACCUUCUCCCAGCGCCUCCACUAUACAACUCUCCACCAUCUAUCAACGACCACAUCAUCUCGAAGUUCGCCGAUGGAACGAUCAUCCCCAUCCGUGGCUCGCUUCGCAUCAAAGCCCCCAGUAGUCCUGGCGAGAAAUCAUCCACGGUCGAACUCCCCGACGGCACAUCCAUCCCGGAUAUCGACGCCAUAAUCUUCGCAACCGGCUACCAAUCUGAUUUUUCCAUCUUCGCACCUGAAGCCGAUCCUACCGCCUUCCCUACCCCUGAAUGGGACGCCUCACCGCACUCCAACGGCCUCUUAUACCCUCGCUUGUAUCAAGGCAUCUUUAGUAUUAAGUAUCCCCAGUCGCUCGCGUUCAUAGGUCCAUACCGCGGACAAUCAUUCGCAGCAUUCAACAAUGGCGAUCUGAUUAGCCAAGCCGUCACGCAGGUCUUCGCUGGCAAUUACACAUUGCCGCCUCAAGCAGAGAUGGAGGCGUGGUGCGACGCAAACUACCAGUCAAAUCUAGAGCAAAUCAAGAAGUGGCGCAUUACGAAGGUCGGUGUCAGUGCGAAGCAGUUGGAGGCAUUUCUGAAUGAUGCGGCGGGUAAUGAGGUGAAUGAGAAGUUGGGCUGGGGCUUGGAGGCGUGGAGGUUCUGGUGGAGUGACAGGGAGCUUUAUCGGCUUAUUGUCGAUGGGAUCAACUCGCCGUAUCUGUAUCGGCUGUUCGACGGGAGGGCUGGGAGCCGGAAGAAGUGGGAAGGGGCACGCGAGGCGAUCUUCAAGGUCAAUGGAAGAGCAUUGAAGGAACAUAGGACGCCUGCAGCUGGCCAGAAGUUGAAGGACUAACGGUGUGUUGGAUCUACGGUCCAUUGAUUAACCUGACCGGACUAUGUUUGCGUUUCUUCUUUCCCUCGUAAGAUAGAGACUUUGUUAAGAGUAGACCACUAGAGCCUAAUGUUCGUGUGACUGCUUGUGUAAUGCCGAACAAGGCUAUAACAUGUUAUACAGAUCCGCGACGCAAGUUAUAAUUCUCAUUCACAAUCAAGUCAUUUAACAAAAGAUUAAGCC